AUGUCGGAUAUAGGUCAGAGGAGAGCGGAGGCUGAGACAAUCGUGAACAUCCUGCUGGUUGUGGCUACGCUUCAACAGACGCUCGAUCUUCCUGAUGACUUCGACUCAUGCGACCCGGAUUUCACCGAAUAUUUCUUGCAGCUGAUCAUCCUCCUUAGGGCGUCCGGUCUGCCCAAUUGGCAGUCACACAUAGGCUGGCUUGGCCUAUUCAGCCCCAAGAUGACACUGCUUGCUAUGGACACUUUCAGCGACUAUCUGCAAUACCUUCAACAGACUCGAUCGGUGGCGCGCCCUCUUACAUACAACCGGUGCCAGAGAUUAGGGGAGAAUGUAUGGUUUGUCAUAUUUGACCACCAGAGUGACAAGGAUUUCAAGCGAAAUGCAAGGAUGUUCAAGAAAACCUUCCACAGUCUUUGGGAAGCCAUUCGAGACGACAAAGCUUUCCACAACAAUUCAAGGAAUCCUCAGGAGCACUCGGCAUACCAGUUGUACACCACCUUGGUUCGCUUGGGACGACGAGGGAAUGGCAUGUCCCAUGGAGAGGUUGCCGAGAAGAUAGGGAUCCAAGCUGGUACAUCAUUCCUAUGGACUAUGAGAACUCUGGAGGCUAUCCACAGGUCGCUCGGCAGCAAGAAUUGUAUUUCUUGGCCUGAUCCCGACGAGAGAAAGAGGAUUCACAGGGAGUUUGGCUUGAGAUCUCCUUUCAGGAAGUGCGUGGGCCUUAUUGACAGCACUCUAAUUGAAAUGGAGUAUGUCCCUGGGCGCGAGGAUAAGCGCCUGUGGUAUGGGAGGAAGGACACCUAUGGGUUCAACGUCUUUGUAGUUGCCGACCACGAGUGUCGUAUCUGUCUUAUACAAUCGGGUUUCCUGGCGUCAAGCCAUGAUCAGCGAGUCUAUCACAACACUCGAAUGUUCCAGGAACCCCAGGACUUCUUUUCUGAUGGUGAAUACCUCCUUGCGGACAGUGGCUUCACACCCAACCCAAACUGCCUUCCAAACUACAAGAACAAUGCUGGAGGUCGAAACAGGCUUGCAGGUGCAGCCAGAGACCACAAAGUCUUCAACGACCACGUCAAGAAGGUCAGAGUGCGCAUAGAACACACUAUUGGCUACUGGAAGGCGCGCUUUCAGAGUAACAAGCUGCUGUCACCGCAAUUGAAGUCUUCUGAUCACCAUGUCCUCAAUAUGAGCGUCUGGAUUGUGGUCACUGCGCUACUUCACAACUGGGUCAUUGACCAUGAAAAUCUUGAAGAUGAGGAAAUAAUCGACCCCAAUGAUUUGGAAGAGAUCAUGCGAGAGGAGGCAGUAGCUAGUGACAGACUGGACCAAGAAGCUGUCCAGGAGCUCACUGAGGCCGAGCGGCGGGAUAAUGGGUGGAGGCGUGAGGCUGUGCGAAAGCAGAUUGAGGACAUGCAAGCGCGGGGACAGAACGUUGCGUAUGUGGAUCCAGAGUUACCCCUUUUUGCAUGA